AUGAGCAACAACUACCUCUACGGGCCCCUGCCAGACUACCUCUUUGACAAGUGUGUCAACCAAAUCGAUGUGAGCAACAACAGCCUGUACGGGCGCGUCAACCGCGACUUCAAGAACAUGGUGGCAGACGGUGGUGCCCUCAUCAACUUGGCUCACAACUUCUUCUUCGGUGAUGCCGUGCUCUUUGCUGCCGGCUGCAAGGUCUGCCCCACUGAGAUCACCGAGCCCAACAGCCUAGACAUGGGGGAUACCAAUGAUGGCCAAGGGGCUGGGAACCCAGAGGCGGCUUGCCCCUCCAACGCCACCCAGCGCAGCACGGCAGCCUGCCAGGCGUUCUGCAGCAUCACGGACAACGGCCCGUGUGACGGCCACGGGGCAUGUGUGCCGCCUGCCCCCGCCUCCCCCUCCAACUUCACCUGCCUCUGUGAUGCCGGCUACUCUGCUGUCGACCUGGGCAACGGCUCUACCUGUGCCAUUGUCAACUCCACCACCACCACCACCACUGUGUCCUCCCUGUCCACGGGCGCCAUAGUGGGCAUUGCUGUGGGUUGCUUUACUGGCUCCACUUUGCUGGCUGCUGUGGUUGCUUGGCUCCUGUGGCCCCGCGGACCAAGUGCGAGCCAUGGCCUCUCUCCACCACAUGCAUCUCGUUCGCCUGCUGGGAUUUUGCGUGGACCAGAACGUGGAGACGGGCAAGCAGGAGCAGAUCCUGGUGCAAGGAAGAAGAUGGAGACGUUUCAUCAGGACGACCUCAAGGACAGCAAGAUGCCGGCGGUGAGCAAGGACGCCAUUGUAGACAUUGCAGACCUGGCUUUGGACUGCAUGAAGUCACCAGGCACACGGCGGCCCAGCAUGAAGGACGUGGCAUACCGCCUCACUGCGCUCAUUGAGAAGUACUGCCCUGACAAGGAGGACGAUUCAGAGAUUCUCGGAAAAGAAGAGAGUGCAAGCAGCGGAGGUCUGCCGUCGAGGAACAUUUCUUCUAUGCUGUUUGGAGACGGUGGGAGGGAUUCUCAGAGGACUUCUGGCUCGCAUCCUAGUGCGAUCUCAUCCAUGAGCAUUGGCUCAAUGGCUGAUGGCGUGCGAGCCAUGGCCUCUCUCCACCACAUGCAUCUCGUUCGCCUGCUGGGAUUUUGCGUGGACCAGAACGUGGAGACGGGCAAGCAGGAGCAGAUCCUGGUGUACGAGUUUGUGGGCAACAGAGACAUGGAAUACCAUAUCUACAAAACAAAGAGUGAGUUCUGA